AGAAGCACAAAAUUUCCAAAACUCUUAAGGUACAAGAUGGGAAUUUUGUCGGACGACGUAGUGAUAAUCAAUCAAUCGGAGAAAGAAGGUGACCCGAGUGUAAUAACCAUCAAUUGUCCUGACAAAACUGGUCUAGGUUGUGAUCUCUGUCGUAUCCUCCUCUUCUUCGGCCUCAACAUUGUCAGAGGAGAUGUAUCGACUGAUGGAAAAUGGUGUUACUUGGUCUUCUGGGUGAUUGGGAAACCUAACACAAGAUGGAAUCUGUUGAAGAUGAGACUUGUAGAGGCAAGUCCUUCUUUUUCUUGGGCCUUUGGUAUCUCAAGAUGUUACCUUUCUGAUUCUGAGUCUCAGCCUCCCAAGCUUCCUGAUCUUUUCCUUUUGAAGCUAGCUUGUUCUGACCGCACAGGGCUUCUUUAUGAUGUCACAGAGGUUCUUUACAAGCUUGAGAUUAACAUUGAGAAAGUUAAGAUAUCUACUACCCCUGAUGGAAAAGUAAUGGACUUGUUCUUUGUCACAGACACUAGAGAGCUUUUAGGGACGGUGAAGAGGCGGGAUGAAGUUCAUGAGUACCUGAGAGAUGCUAUAGGAGAUUCAAUGAUCAGCUAUGACAUUGAACUUGUUGGCCCAGAAAUCACAGCUCGCUCGCAGGCUUCCUCAUCAGUUGCAGAAACAUUGUUCUCCUCGGAUGUGUCGGGAGAGCACCCGAGUGGGUUACACACUUCAAGCAAUGUGUCUAUUACAGUUGACAACUCGCUAAGCUCAGCUCACACCGUCAUUCAUAUCACUUGUCUAGAUCACAAAGGCCUUCUCUAUGAUAUUAUGAGAACCUUCAAGGAUUUCAACAUUCAGAUCUCAUAUGGGCGUUUUACCAUUAAGCGAGGAAGGAACUGUGAGAUCGACUUGUUCAUCGUGCAAUCUGAUGGCCGAAAGAUCCUUGACUCGAGCAAGCUAAAUGCAUUGAUUACUCGUUUAAGAGCAGAGCUACAGCAACCUCUGAGAGUGGUAAUGAUGAAUCGAGGUCCAGAUACUGAACUUCUAGUCACAAACCCUGUUGAAUUAUCAGGAAAGGGACGGCCACAAGUCUUCCACGACAUAGCACUUGCCCUCAAGAAGAUCAAUACCUGCAUCUUCUCGGCUGAAAUUGGAAGACACGUGACUGGAGACAGGGAAUGGGAGGUGUACAAAGUGUUGAUCAACGAAGAAGACAGCUUACCGAUCCCGAAAAGCAAGAUAGAGGAACAAGUGUGGAAUACUUUGAUGGGUUGGGAGUGAAAAUCUUCAGACUGUAGGACCAUCAGCUAACCUCAGACUCAUCGAAAGAGUAUGGCUAUAAGAUUGUCACUUUAUGAUGCCUGAUGCAAUGAGUGUAUGUAGAUUAAUAUGAUAUGAGGAGAUUUAUCUGAUAAGCCACAGUGUGUGUAUAUAUAUGGUUUUGAGUCUUUUUAAUGUUGAUGAGAAAUUGUAAGUAGACGAAGAAGAAUGUUGAAUUUUGUUAAUGAGAGUGUUGUUUCAUAGAAAGGAAGAAGCUAAUGAAGAGAGUGGCUAUUU